AUGUCGUCCUCAACAAACCGUCGCCAACCCCCUGCGAGAUCAAAUCAAAGAUCUCUCGCCUCAAAUACGGCAGCCCGACCUAGCAGCUCACGUACCCUGACACUAAACCAAACACCAAGCGCGAGCCGGCAACCGGUCCUCCAUCUCAGAGGCGUGGAGAGCGCGCAAGCGGAAGCGCGACCUGGGAUCAGAUGGGCGGAGGAUGUAGUUGACAACGAAGGAUUGGGCAGGAAGAAGAGUAAAGGUAUUACCGCAUUUCUGAAAUGCCUUACCCACAAGUUAACAUCCAAACCAGUCUGUUGUAUCUACCACGCGCCGCGAAACAUCGACUCCUCAUCGGACGAGAGCUCCAGCGACAGCGAUGACAGCUCAAGCGAUAACGACGACGGCGCCGCGCGCAUGAGUGGUUCGGGGCGGAAAUGCGACGACCAUGAGCAUGAUCAUGAACAUAGUCAUGGCGCGAAGGGGAAACGGAAGGUUAGGGGGAAUAGAGCGAGUAGUCCUAAUGCGUAUGAGAAGAUGCCGAAGGUCAAAGGGGCUCCUGGGGGGAGUGGAACGAUGGUUGAGAAGAGCUGA